GGACUAUGGGAAACGGGAUGUGCUCCCGAAAGCAGAAGCGGAUCUUCCAGACGCUGCUGUUGCUGACCGUGGUGUUUGGCUUUCUCUAUGGCGCGAUGCUCUACUAUGAGCUGCAGACGCAGCUGCGGAAAGCCGAGGCGGUGGCGCUCAAGUACCAGCAGCACCAGGAGUCCCUUUCUGCCCAGUUACAAGUUGUGUAUGAACACAGAUCAAGAUUAGAGAAAUCCUUGCAAAAGGAAAGACUUGAACAUAAGAAAGCAAAAGAAGAUUUUCUGGUUUACAAAUUAGAAGCACAAGAAACACUAAAUAAGGGAAGGCAAGAUUCCAAUAGCAGGUACAGCGCGUUGAAUGUCCAACAUCAGAUGCUGAAAAGUCAACACGAGGAGCUCAAGAAACAGCACAGCGACUUGGAAGAGGAACACCGCAAACAAGGAGAAGACUUCAGCAGGACAUUUAAUGACCAUAAGCAGAAAUACCUGCAGCUGCAGCAAGAGAAAGAACAAGAACUUUCUAAGUUAAAAGAAACUGUGUAUAAUUUGAGAGAAGAAAACAGACAACUGAGAAGAGCACACCAGGAUAUGCACACACAGCUGCAGGAUGUCAAGCAACAGCAUAAGAAUUUACUCUCCGAGCAUGAACAACUUGUAGUGACUUUGGAAGACCACAAGAGUGCACUAGCUGCUGCACAGACUCAAGUUGCAGAAUAUAAACAACUGAAAGAUACUCUGAAUAGGAUUCCAAGCUUUCGAAAACCAGAACAAGCAGAGCAGCAAAAUAUAACCCAGGUGGCACAUUCUCCUCAAGGCGACAUCACAGCAAGGGACAAGUCACCAGGAGAGCCUCAGGAGGUGUCCCGAAAUAGUGAAGUAUGGCAGAACCAUGAAGCAGUCCCUGGAAGAACAGAAGAAAUAAAACCUUACCCUCCCACCCAGAAGGAGGCCGACUUUCCGGCUCCCGCAGAACUGACCCAGCAAGAAGCACGACCCAGGGAGCCUGAGGAGCGGCAGGUAGAAGAGGAGCACAGGAAGGCCCUGGAGGAGGAGGCUAUGGAACAGGUCGGGCAGGCUGAGCACCUUGAGGAGGAGCAUGAUCCAUCACCAGAGGAGCAGGAUCGGGAGUGGAAGGACCAGCGCAAUCAAAAAGCAUCCAAACUUCUGGAAGGGCAGGCUCGUGCUCAGGUGUAUCCUUCAGCCAAGCCGGUCACCAAAUUCCAGUCACCAUACGAGGAACAGCUGGAACAGCAGAGGCUGGCAGUGCAACAGGCAGAGGAGGCCCAGCGGCUACGGGAGCACCAGGAGGCCCUGCACCAGCAGAGGCUUCAGGGACACUUGCUGAGGCAGCAGGAGCAGCAGCAGCAGCAGCAGCAGCAGCAGCAGCAUCUCCUCCCCAGGGAGACGACCCUGCAGAGGCAGGCUGGGCACGAGGAAGGCCGGCCGCACCCAGAGCAGCCACGGCAGCACGCUCGUUAUGAUGCCAUGGAUAACGAUAUUGUUCAGGGAGCUGAGGACCAGGGCAUCCAGGAAGAGGAAGGAGGUGCCUAUGAGAAAGACAACCAGCACCAAGACGAGGCAGAAGAUGACCCAGAGAAUGGACAUGAACUUCAAGAACAAGGGCCCCAGGAAGCUGAUCCAGAAUCCGAGGCAGAUAGGGCAGCUGUAGAGGAUAUAAACCCAGCAGAUGACCCUAAUAAUCAAGGCGAGGAUGAAUUUGAGGAAGCUGGGCAAGUGAGGGAAGAAAAUUUGCCAGAUGAAAAUGAAGAGCAAAAACAAAGUCAUCAAAAGCAGGAGAAUGCAGAAAUGGAGGAGCAUUUGGUGAUGGCAGGAAAUCCAGACCAGCAGGAGGACAAUGUGGAUGAGCAGUACCAGGAAGAAGGGGAAGAGGAGGUUCAGGAAGAUUUGACUGAGGAGAAAAAAAGGCAACUGGAACAUAAUGCUGAGGAGACCUAUGGUGAAAAUGAUGAAAAUGCCGAUGAGAAAAACAAUGAUGGAGAAGAGCAAGAAGUUCGAGAGGACAAACGCCCCAAAGGCCGAGAGGAGCACUAUGAGGAGGAGGACGAGGAGGAGGAGGAUGGGGCGGCUGCUGCUGAGAAAUCACGGCGAAGAGCUGAAAUGUAGCAGUGCCCAAUCUCACAGACAGUGCUCAGCUGAUGGAUUCUUUUCAAGCUGCUCAAAAAUAAAUCUGCCUACUGAACUCUAGGAUAUUUAAUUACAAAAAUUAAGAAUUUAGACUUUUUUAACUUUUAUAUUAGAAAUGCUCAUACAUUUAUAUGAAUAUAUUUUGAUAACCUAGCUUAGAGCCUCUUUUUAUAUUCAAGCAAAACAUGAAUGAGAAGAACAACAGCGAAGCAGACCUUAGGCUAUGAAUCUCAUUUUUCAUAGAUUAUGGGAUGUUGGAAGAGACAUUGAUUUUGUCUAUGUUUUAACUUGUUAACUUCUCUGUCUUCUAGUUUUCAGGUGUUCUGUUAUUUGCCUUUGAUGAAAUGCAGGGUUUCAAAAUAGGGAAUACUGCAAAAUGCUGUGCAGACUUUAAGAAGAAUGGCCAGUUUACUAACUGCUGCCUUUCCAAGGUUCUUGUGUAUAGUUCUGAAAGAAUUUUCACCAGUUUUUGUAUCUCUGGGAUAAGAGCCAUGGACAGAGUUACACACAGAGAGAUACUUUUGUUAUAAAGACACUGUUUUUCAGGCUUUUUAGAUCAGUUAGAAAAAUGUUUGGCUUUACUUAAAAUCACAGCUCUUCCUCUUGAAAGGAAUUACAUUUAAAAGUGAAACAAUACUAAAACUCACUUGACAGUAUUCUAGACUUAGAUAUUUCAGUAUUCAAACAAGGUAUGACACAUCAGUGUAUUAACCUUUUUGAAGGACUGACACCUUGUUUAAUAACUAAUUUAGUGUGUAUGGGUGGUGUCUUCCAUGUGAACACCCCUUCUUUCCUGGAGUCACCCAGUGAUAUCCUUUUUUAGUAUCUAGUUCUCAACAGUAAUAUAUAUUUUCCCUACAGGCUCUGUGCCCCAAUAUGUAAUCUCCAAUGACAAGCAUGAAUAUGAAGACAUGCCAAAUUGUAUAAUAGAAUAGGAUAUUUUUCAAAAACAUAUGGUGAAAUAUACAUGGUGAUAUAGUUGACCCUCAUGAUUUCUCCAUUUGCUGGGAUUGGGUCUGAAUUAUGCCCAUGGAUAGACAUUUUAAUGAUUAUGAAUUAUUUUUAAAAAUCCCUUAAAAUAAAAAAAUUAAAAGUCAAAAAUUUCUCAUUGGGUAUAGACAUAUUUCAGUCUUGAACAUAGAUUUUUAACUCUAUAGAACUAGGUAAUAUGAUACGUAUGUGUGUGGUUUUAUACUACUACUUUCAAAUUAACAAAAACAUUCAAUUUCUACCAUCAUUGUAAGAAUGUAAUUUUAUUUUUUAAUAACCACACUCAUGUAUGGUUUUGAUUAUCCCAGUUGAGUGAUUGUGUAUGUAUGCAUAGGAAUGUUUUAUUCAAAUGUAUUUUGGAUUUUCAGUAAUCAUAAGUCAGAUCUUACUUUUAUGUAUAAAAAUCCUUUAUGUAAUGUAAAAUGUAUAAUAUUGUACAUAAUAUUCAGAAUACAAUUAUUUUGGUAAAUUAGUUUGUAUUUUUAAUGUCCCAGUUCCAGUAUUUAAUUAUUUGAAACAUAUUGAAACUUGGUAAUAGUCAAUAAAGCUAUAAAAAGCAA